GAUAGAGAUUGGUCACACCGACGGCCACAUCAAAUCUGGGGGUCUAGCGUGUGACCCUGUUAAUUUUUUCCUACAAUAAAAUAGCUGUGUAAUUCUAGUGAAGUUCUGCUUUGACUAAAUAGAAAUACAGUAAGAUAAUAGUGUUAUUUAUGUGUAUAAUAUGGAACGUGCAACAGGAACAGAAGUGUUCGGGUGUGGCUCAACCCAUUCCUCGGACAUAACGCUGAAUAUACAAACGACGACUGGUGGUAAUUUCUCCAUUAGUGUAAACUGUAAAAAUUCAGUGGAGUACCUGAAAAAACUCGUUUCGAGGAAAUUGAAAGUGUCCAAGGAUCGAAUAUGCUUGUUACAUCGCGAAAGACAACUUAUUGAUGGGACUUUAGAAGAAAAUGGCCUACUGGACGGGUCGCGUGUCAUUUUGCUGCCGAGCGUCGAAACUGGACUCUUGACACAUAGAUCAGAGAACUCAGUAAUGCAAGCAUUAGAAACUUUAAAUGACAAUCAAGUGAAUGACUUUUUGAGUGGAAGGUCACCCUUGAAUCUUACAAUGAGGCUAGGGGACCAUAUGAUGCUAAUACAGCUACAGUUAUCAACCCUCAACUCUAGUCGUUCUUUGAGAAAUUCUGCUAAAGCCUCUCAAGCAAAAGCUGAAUCCAAGGAUGCAACUAAUUCCCAGGCUGCUGCCCAAAAGGCUCAAACAGACACUGCCUCUUCUAGUAAAGACAAACACAAAGAUGAGUUACGUUUUGAAAAACAGGAUUUAGAUUUAUUGCAAAAUGCUUUUGACUUGUACAGAUCUAUGGCUGAAGAGAAGUAUGGUGACAAAAGUGACACAAACAAAGAUGAUGCAAAUUCCUCAAAUUGUACUUUGUCAGAUCUAGCAGAAACCUCUGGGGAAAGUGAUCAGUCACCUAUUAAGUCCCUAUCAAAUCUGGUGUCUAGUCCAAUACACUCUUCCCCUGAGAACAGAGAUGCUAAGGCAAUUGCAAAUUCAGUAAAAAGCAGCCUGCUAGACUUAUUAUCCAAUAAAUCUUCCAUUGAUAUGCCUUCUACAAGCUCAUGUGACAAGCCAUGUGCAUCUACAACACACACGGAUAGUUCUAUGAGUGAUGAUAGUGAUAAUUUUACAGAGCAAAGUUCAUUUCUUGCCGAGAAUACAAUAGAUGAAUAUCCUAUGGAAAAUUUAUUUAACAGUGCAGUUGACAAAGGCCUAUUUACUGAACAUGAUGAAACAAUGAUGGACCGUGAGAUAUCUAACUUAGCUACAACCAGCCACGGCACACAAGAAACCACAGCAGGACCACUACCAUCAUUCCAGAGCAUUAAUGAGCCUUUGAAAAAUAAACGUUUUCAAUAUUUACUUCACAAGACAUCAAAGUUUAAGCAUCCAAUCAGCCAGAAUAAGCAGAAGGCAUUUUUGCAUGUGGCCAAUAAGAAAAGAAGUAUACAAAUAGAAAGUGUCACUCCACAACCGUCUACCUCAAAGUCAGAGCCCCCAGUGACAAAGAUUGCUACAGGCAGUCAGACUGAUAUAUAUGCAAUACCCUCAACUUCUAAGCAAACACCUAUCGCAUCCACAUCAACUGAAGAAAUUCCUGUUAUAGACACCAGUGCUCUUAAAGAAGCAUCCCGGAGUCUCACUCAAAAGCUACGGAAACUGUCAAAGGAGGUUUUGACAAAAAAAAUUGAUAUCAAGACAUUAGAACAGUCAGUGCGGUCGAAAAUUAGUCCGGGUGCUGUAAUUGAGUCUAUGAAACACCAUGGUCGAGGAAUUUAUUCUGGAACAUUUUCUGGUACAUUGAAUCCUGCCCUUCAAGACAGAUACGGCCGACCAAAGAGAGAUAUAUCCACCAUCAUACACAUUCUGAAUGAUUUGCUGUGUGCCACGCCACCUUUAGGACAGAGGGAUUUGAAACACAGCUGUAGUGGCCAACUGGAUGACAAAUGCCCAAAUUGCAGUCAGGCUACCUGUUCUUACGGUCAAUGUGAUGGACAUCCCUCCACAUCAAGAAAGUCCUGUACAUGUGCCAAGGAAUGCCACUGUAGCCGUUUAAACCCACCAGUUUGUGCCAACUGCGAAGGCAAAAGCGAACUAUGCCAAAAGUGCACAGUGGCCAAAACUCUAGCGAUUGAAAAUACCAAAACAAAAUGCAAAUUGGAGCAAUUAAGGCUGGUAAUGCAGCAGAAGAAGCAAAGAAGAGAGGCCCGCAAACUCAAGACUCUGCCAUACAAACCCCCUAAGCCGAUACCAACUCCGGAACAGGAAGAGAUUGAAACCAUCGCUUAGUAAAUAAAUCUAUACCGAGACAGCACAGCAGUAUUAUAUUGCUUGAUCUUGCUUUUCGUCACUUUGAAUAACAUUUGCAUCAAUAUUUAUAUGAUUGCAGUCGAGAACUCUUAACAAGUGACGGCUAUACUUCAUCAGCAUACCUCUUCAAUUCAUUGAGUUACUUAUUAAUCAUCAUUUUACAUACAUUUGACAGGACUUUAAUGUCAGCAAACAAAUCAAAACUUCAAUCAUAUAAACAUUGACCAUGGUGCUAAUUAUGAAACAUAUCUAAAUUACUAGUUGUUCUUUUGUUUAAUCUCUUAAGUAGAGCAACUUUCUUGUUUUCUAAUCACUUUUUUUGGUUAAUAAUUAAUGGCAAUCAAAGUUCUAUGGGCCUAUUUACCAUAUGAUAACUAAA